ACUUUCCGUUCGGUUUCGUCCGUCAGUACGCCGGCUACGCUCGAGCUCCGUGCUCGUGAAGUAGAGCUCGCGGUUUUUCGUACUCUACUUAAUCUAUUUAGUUUCUACUUGCUGUGAUACUUAAUAAAAGGAUUUUAUAUUUUCCUAGUUACGGUUUUCAUAGUAUUAUACAACGAUACGUCUCCUAUACGCUUGUAGUUUUGAGGCGAAACCAUUAAAACAAUACCCCAAACAAACCCAGUGGUUAGUGAAUCAGUUGGAACUGUACUAAAAUUCACUGUAGUAUAUUAUGCAAUCUGUUUUGAAAACGAAUGUUGUAUUGGACAUUUGAUAGCUACCUCGUUCAUUAUAAAGUUCCUGCAAGUGAUAGUGUCGUGUAAGCUAUUCAUCAUUAAACCAAGAUCAAUAAACUGAAUCAAUUCUUUGUGUGUAUUGGUGACACGUUCUAUGACACAGACUGAUAUAAAUUGUGCUGAGUGCUUAAUUCAUGAAAAAGUGAAAAAUGGACUCGAAAGUUGUGUUAAAGCAAAAGAACCCUCACGACAAAGCUAAUUUUGUCUCUAAAAUAUUUCUAACAUGGAGCUUUAGUCUAUUCCGUCGUGGCUUCAAACAUGGCCUCACAGUGGACGACCUGUGGCGAGCGCGUGAUGGCGACAAUUCCGGCCGUCUGGGUGACCGCCUUGAGCAAGCGUGGCAGGAAGAGCUAGACACUGCCAAGAGAAAAGGCAUCAAGCCAUCGCUAUCCAAAGCCAUCGUACGAUCGUUUUGGGUCGAAUAUUUGUUGUGUGGCCUCAUUGUUGGCUUACUAUUCAUAUUUUUAUGGCCUUUAAUACCGUUUACUCUAGCAUUAUUCAUAAAUUACUUUUCGGAGGACAAGACCCCGGAAAGCUACAGAAAUGCACACAUUUACAAUUUUCUUAUGAACCUUUUAAGUAUUGUAACGGCAUUGAUGCUCAAUCAUUUACAAUUAAGUCAAGGACGAGUUGGAAUGAGAGUCAGAAUAGCUAGCUGUUCUUUAAUUUAUAGAAAAAUACUAAAGCUCGAUAGAACAGGAUUAAAUAAGACUGAACCGGGACAGGUGAUCAACUUGAUGUCCAAUGAUGUGAAUCGUUUCGACUUAGUUGCUCUAUUUCUGAACUACUUGUGGGUAAUGCCUAUCGUGGUGCCAGUUGUGUCGUACCUCGUGUGGCAACAUGUGGGCUGGGCCACCCUCGCAGCACUCGUCGUCAUAUUUCUACAAACUGUAAUCGUUCAAGCAUACUUAAGCAACCUUCAAGGAACUUUAAGAGGCAAAAUCGCAAAACGCACUGACGAAAGGGUGAAGGUGAUGAGCGAACUUGUAAAUGGUGUCCAAGUGAUCAAAAUGUACGCAUGGGAAAAGCCCUUCGAAAAGCUGGUUGAUAAACUUCGGAAGUUAGAGGUGAGCUUCAUAAUGCGCACGUCCAUGAUCAAAGGGUUCUCGACUGCCUUGAGCGUGUUUACUGAACGCUUCAUCCUGUUCUCCGCCAUUGUUGCGUUCGUUGUCAUGGGCGGUGAAAUCCGAGCUGAGAUCACCUUCUCCCUUGUUCAGUAUUUCAAUCUACUUCAACUUGCCUGUAACAUAUUCUUCCCGUUGGCCCUUGCAUUUCUGGCAGAAACAAAAGUCUCCGUUAGACGACUUGAGGAAUUCCUAUUGUUGGAUGAACUGGCGCCGGAAAAGAUCGCGAGCCCAAUUGAUUCAAACGCUAUUUUGAACAACGGUACUGAUAAGGAAAAGCCAAAACACACAGGAUUGGUUUUAUCUGGACUGAGUGCAAGCUGGCAGCCUGAGGCUAUCGUGAACACCCUGAGAAAUAUAACCCUCAAGGUGCAACCUGGAGAGUUCGUUGGCAUCGCUGGGCUAGUGGGAUCUGGAAAGUCAUCACUUUUGCAAGUCAUACUGGGUGAGCUGCCGCCGACGCAGGGCUCGAUCUCGCUUGGUGGUGCACGAGUCUCCUACGCCAGUCAGGAACCCUGGCUGUUCGUAGCCACCGUCCGCCAAAACAUACUUUUUGGACUUCCUUACGACCGUAUUCGUUACAAAAAGGUGGUAAGCGCGUGUGCACUCCUGCGUGACUUCGAACAGCUGCCGGCGGGAGACUCCACGUUGGUCGGGGAGCGCGGCAUCAGCCUCAGCGGCGGACAGCGCGCCCGUAUCGGAUUGGCCAGAGCUUGUUACAGACAGGCCGAUAUCUACCUUCUGGACGACCCGCUGUCAGCUGUGGACACUCACGUCGGCAAGCAACUGGUCUCAGAAUGUGUGAUGGGGCUCCUGAAGCACUCCACGCGUAUCCUUGUCACUCACCAGCUGCAUCACCUGAAGUCUGCUGACAAGGUCGUCAUACUGCAUAAUGGAGAAGUGGAGACUUCUGGCAGUUUUGAAGAAGUAUCAAAAUCGCCGCUGUUCGCGGAACUAUUGCAAGAAGAAGAGCAGCCAGAUGAACCGAAAGCGCAAUAUCUCCGACAGAGAACACUUUCUAUACAGUCCCACACAAGUACCAGUACCAUACAAGAAGGCGGUGCAAUCGAAGAGGUAGAACAGGAGGAAUCAGCGGAACUUACAGGAACAGGUCGAGUACCAGGUGCCGUCUACCGGCAAUACUUCCGCGCCGGCGCUGGGUGGUGUCUAAUAUUGGGGACCACGAUUAGUAUUAUCUUGGCACAAGUUGUUACUUCGAUCAGCGAUUUGUGGCUCACACAUUGGAUGAACGAUGUUGAAACCAGGCAUAUUGUAACCAAGGAACAUCUAAACGAAACUGCCUUCAAUAGCCUCUUGAAUAGCAACUUUACUAGCGAGGGUAACGAUACUGGAGCAUUGACAACUGAACUGCCCACCACCGUGCCUCCCGCCGUGCUUUCCAACGUGACGGUCAUCGACACCAUGGUGAAAACCGUCUUAGCUAUGCAGAACAUCACAUCAACCUACGAACCAUUAAACCAUGAAUAUUACAUAUACAUUUGGGCGAUUGCAAUUUUGGGCUGUAUCCUUCUUACGACUGGAAGAUCUAUGUUGUUCUUGUGGGUCUGCAUGCGAAGCUCCAUCAGGCUCCAUAAUCAGAUGUUCAGUAACAUCCUGGCAGCGACCAUGCGCUUUUUCGAUACCAAUCCGUCGGGGCGUAUUCUCAACAGGUUCUCUAAAGACAUGGGUGUCGUUGAUGAGAUCCUACCAAGGAUGUACUUAGACAGCAUUCAAAUAUUCAUGGUGAUGAUGGGAAUCCUGGUGAUGGUGGCGAUAGUCAACCCUUACAUGUUGCUAACAACGGCUGUUUGCGGAAUCCUCAUGUAUAUUUGGACAAUCAUUUUCCUCAGCACAGCUCAGGCGUUAAAGAGGGUGGAAGGUACGACCCGCAGUCCAGUGUUCUCUCACGUGUCUGCGACUAUGUCGGGGCUCAACACCGUGCGCGCGUGUGGCGCUCAGGAGAUGCUGCGAGACCAAUUUGACGACAAACAAGAUGUACAUACCGCGGCCUGGUACUUAACCAUCGUCACAAACACCGCAUUUUCCAUUUGGCUGAGUCUUAUAUGUGCUGUUUACGUUGUUAUUGUUGCGUACACAUUCUUGUUCCUUGAUGAUGGAACAACACAAUCAGGCAACGUGGGUCUUGCCAUAAGUCAGGGUCUGAUCCUGGUGAACAUGGUACAAUACGGGGUGAAGCAGACGACGGAGGUGAUCUCCCAGAUGACGAGCGUGGAGCGCGUGGUGCAGUUCACGUCGCUGCCGCGCGAGGACACGGCCGGGCCCGCGCCGCCGCCCGCCUGGCCCAAGCGCGCCCGCCUCGUCUUCCGCGACCUCUCGCUGCGGUACGACAAGGAUGCCGACCCGGUAUUGAAGAAACUUAACAUCGUUAUCGAAAGCGGAUGGAAGGUUGGAGUAGUUGGUCGUACAGGAGCUGGUAAAUCUUCGCUGAUAUCGGCGCUGUUCCGAUUGGCACCCAUCGAGGGGAACAUUUUCAUUGAUGACGUCGACACGGGUGAAAUCGCUCUCAAGGAGCUGAGGUCCAAGAUCUCCAUUAUUCCUCAAGAGCCAGUGUUGUUUUCCGCUAGUUUGCGCUACAACAUGGACCCAUUCGACAAAUACACUGAUGCUGAUAUUUGGACAGCAUUGGAACAGGUGGAGUUAAAGCGCAGCGUGACUUCGUUGUCGUCGGCCGUGCAGUCCGGAGGUUCAAACUUCAGUGCUGGCCAGCGACAACUGCUAUGCCUAGCCCGCGCCGCUCUCGGCCGUAACAAGCUACUUGUGCUUGACGAAGCUACAGCCAAUGUUGAUCCCAACACGGAUGCCCUUAUUCAGAAGUCGAUUAGGACACACUUCGCGGAGUGCACGGUGAUCACGGUAGCUCAUCGGUUGCACACAGUUGCUGACUCUGACAGAGUUGUUGUGAUGGAAGCAGGCGAGAUAGUAGAAUGUGGGCACCCUCACGAACUACUGCAGCGGCCCGAGGGCCACUUCAGCCGCAUGGUACAGCAGUUGGGCCCCGCGGCGGAACAGAGCCUGCGCGACUUGGCCGCCGCCGCGCACGCCGCACACAUACGUUACGUCGACGCUGACGAUAACAAUCCACAAUAGUACUUACUGCAUUGUUCACCUAUCUACUUAAUUUACAACCUUUAUAUUAAUUUAGUCGAAUUUUUGGUAUAUGCUGAGUGGUUUGCGAUAAGCAUGACACUAUGUGAGAUGAGAAACAGAGGCCUUUUAGCACAUCGUAUUGUUUGGAUAUUUUGCUGUUGCCUCAAAGAUUGAAAAUGUUCUUAAUUAAGUCAUUAUAAUGUUGAUUAUUUUAUAAAUAAAUCUUGUGCUUAUGUGCCUUUGGUGUACAAACUAUACCUUAUAAACAUUAUAUUUUAAGGUAGCUUUUAAAUUAUUUUUGUAAUCUAUCACAAAUAGGUGAAAUAGUAUAAAGUAUACGUAAAAUUCAAGUGUAAUUUACAAUAUAUUAAUUAUUAAAUCAAUAAUGAUUUAUUUUUAGGUGCUCUGAACCUCAAUGAUAGAGCUGUGACUGCCAAAUGAUAAACUAAAAUGUAACUUACCACUAUUCUAACCAGCUUAAAUAUUAUUAAUAUUGUUUUGUUCAAAUACAAAAUAGAAACUUAAAUAUUUAUUGAAAAUCUUUUUUGUAAGAUAUAAAAAAAUACAAAUUGCAUAAAUAUAAGCAACAUUCCAGCCAUCUACGUAUAUACACAAUAUUACUACAUAUAGUACAUAAUAUGUUACUAGAUUUUUUACCAUUAUUUAUUGAAAUAAUUACUUAACAGAAUGUACUUAUUGAAUGUGACUACUUAAAUAAACUUUAUGAAACAUGGCCUUAAAUGUUGAGAUUACUGUCAAAUGUACAUAAUGUCUUUAAAGAUAUAUUAUAUUGUGAUGUUUUCUGAAA